UACUUUACUUUCUCUAAUUGGACAUUGGUCGGCAGCUCUCUCUCUCUCUCCAUAUUCGAAAAAACCCUAGACAAAUUUUGAUUAUGAAGACCAAGAAGCCAUUGGAGCUGCUUAAACUUUCAGUGCCCCGAGAAACCCCGAUUACCAGUUUCUUGACUGCAAGCGGCACGUUUCAAGACGGAGAUUUACUCUUGAAUCAGAAAGGCUUGCGCCUUAAAUCUGAUAACAAAGAAUCUCCACAAUCGGACAAUAAAGUGCUUGAUGCACAGUUCUCUUUGGAGGAUCUUGAAACAAUUAAAGUAAUUGGGAAAGGAAGUGGAGGCAUAGUUCAACUUGUUCGCCAUAAAUGGCUUGGAACACCGUUUGCUUUGAAGGCCAUCCAGAUGAACAUACAAGAGGAUAUUCGCAAACAAAUUGUGCAGGAACUGAAAAUAAACCAAGCAUCACAAUGUACUAAUGUUGUAAUCUGCUACAACUCCUUUUAUAAAAAUGGAGUCAUUUAUCUCGUUUUAGAGUACAUGGAUCGAGGAUCUUUGGCAGAUGUGAUCCGACAAAUCAAAACAAUCCUUGAACCAUAUCUUGCUGUCGUUUGUAAGCAGGUUUUAAAAGGGCUGGUGCAUUUAAACCAUGAGCGUCAUGUGAUUCACCGUGACAUAAAACCAUCCAACUUGCUUGUAAACCACAAAGGGGAAGUCAAGAUUACUGAUUUUGGUGUAAGUGCCAUGCUUGCAAACUCAAUGGGUCAAAGAGAUACAUUUGUUGGAACUUACAAUUACAUGGCUCCUGAAAGAAUCAGUGGAAGUACUUAUGACUACAAAAGUGAUAUAUGGAGCUUGGGAAUGGUAAUACUUGAAUGUGCUAUUGGACGUUUUCCAUAUAUACAAUCUGAAGAACAAAGCUGUCCAAGCUUCUAUGAACUUUUGUCAUCAAUAGUAGAGAAUCCACCACCUUCUGCCCCGGCUGAUCAAUUCUCUCCUGAAUUCUGCUCAUUUAUAUCUGCAUGCAUACAAAAAGACCCGCGAGAUAGAUCAUCAGCUCUAGAUCUCCUGGCUCACCCGUUCAUCAAGAAGUUUGAAGACAAGGACAUUGAUCUUGCGAUAUUGGUUGGUACAUUGGACCCUCCAGUAAAUUUUGGACGAUGAUGUGAAGGGCAUGUCUUGAGAUUGUAGAUCUAUAAUCAAUCAAAAAAGGAUAACUUUCCCUUUUGUUUGAAUUUUAACUUGUCUUCUUCUGAAUAUUCAGGCCAUUGGAUUGGACCUGAAAUAUGUAUUAUGUGAAAGUUUUAUAUAAUUUGCCCAGCAAUCAAUCAAUCUCUUUA